AUGAGUUUGUUUUUAUAUGAAGCCUCUUUAAUUAUUUGGGGAGGUUCUAUGAUUUACUUUGAUACAGUCCUCGAGGCAAUGCUACUCACUCUAACCGUACUCGAACAUCUUAUUAGUUUCAAAUCGUUGGGAGAGGACUUCGAAGAAAUGAUGUAUUGUUCAAUUGAAUUUAAUGGAUGGCGCCCUCAAUUUGUGGUUGGCUAUAAGCAUGCCAGCUUUCAAUUACGUCUGGCUCGCGAGCUCGAAGAAGAGUACAAAUAUCGGGAGUUCGAACAAAGACUCGCGAGGGUUUUUACCAGAUUGGGUGGCAAAAUGGACUGUGACUUUAUCGAAGCUUGGAUAGACCAGGAUUUCCAAGUCACAGACGAUAUGUAUUGGAGGAAAGUCCAGGCUGGACUGGAGCCUUCAGUUGCCGAGGAUAUUGAAGAUAAGUCAUUGAAGCCAUAUUUUGAACUUUUAAGACUCCGAGAUCUCCGUCUGACUGCACUCGAGAAUCUGGAGUAUCAUGGAACUAUCAUGGAAUGA